GUGUGUGAUGCAGACACAGUACACGCUCAUGACAGAGGAUCUGUUGUCCGGUAAUAGCGCACAAAGAGGCCUGUUCACCAUACGGUUAAAGGUAAACCGUAUGCUAUUACGGGGCCAAAUAAGUCGGGUGACUAGCGCACACUAUUUCCUUUAACUAAAGAAUGAAAUCCUCAACGUUUGUUUGUGUGUAACGUACGCGCUUCUCUCCUGUAAGCUCGCGGAUACUGAGAGGAAUAAAGACUGAAGGCAUGAAACUGACUGGAGUUCACAGCGUUCUUUGGGACAAUGAGAGGCUUGCAGAGGGGAGGUAAAAAUGCAAGCAAUAUGACUGAAGGCCUGGCAGCAGCAGCAGGUGCCUAAUUCUUGGAAAUGAGGCCUCACAGUGACCAAUGUUGGUGGGAUCCCUGAAUUGUCACCAUGAAAGCAGGGAAUUCAAGAUGUGCUUUCUCCCUGGGCUUCCUGGUGGGCAGCUGCACCUUGUACGUCUUCUUGAGACAGGUGUGGUUUGAGAAGAGCUUCAGCUGGAAGCUUGAUGGCAAGAGCAACCCUGCUCCACUUGGGCCUGAACAAACCACCCCCGACCUUACCUGGAAAGUGGAAGGAUCUGCCCUGAUCAACCUCAAACACCCUCACCAGCCAGGAGAGGACAGUCACAUCGCAGAUGAGCUGUUUGAGAAAGUGCGUAUCUUGUGCUGGGUGAUGACAGGGCCUAGUAAUCUACAGUCAAAGGCUCGGCAUGUGAAGGCAACAUGGAGCCGUCACUGUAACGUAGUGCUAUUCAUGAGCUCUGAAGAAGACCGCAGCUUCCCCACAGUGGGCCUUGACACAGGAGAAGGCCGCGACCAGCUCUACUGGAAGACCAUUCGUGCUUUCCACUAUGCUCUGAAGAACCACGGCGAUGAGGCAGACUGGUUUCUCAAAACCGACGAUGACACGUUCGUCGUUGUGGACAACUUGCGCUGGGUCUUGUCAAACUACACGGCAGAGCAGCCCAUAUACUUUGGAAAGAGAUUCAAGCCGUACGCCAAGCAGGGCUACAUGAGCGGUGGCGCAGGUUAUGUGCUCAGCAAAGAGGCCCUGAGAAGGUUUGUGGAGGGUUUUAGCACUAAAGUGUGCACUCAUACCACCUCAGUAGAGGAUCUAGCGAUGGGUCAGUGUCUGGAGAAAAUGGGGGUGGUAGCAGGGGACUCCAGGGACACACUGCAACGCGAAACCUUCCAUCCUUUCAUUCCUGAGCACCAUCUUACAGGAAAGUUCUCCAAGACCUUCUGGUACUGGAACUACUGCUUCUACCCAAUUGUAGAAGGCCCACAGUGCUGCUCUGACCUAGCUGUGUCUUUCCACUACGUAGACCCUGAGCUAAUGUACACUCUUGAGUACUACACUUACCGUCUGAGGCCAUAUGGCUACCGACACCGCUACCAGCCUCCAGUGCCUGCUGUACUGCCUUUAGCUUCCCACACUGGGAAACCUACCACAGAAGCUCAGAGAUUAGAUGAGCGUGUUAAUGAAAAGUCAGUUCCAACAAACACCAUGAAUCCCAGAGCUGAGAAAGUGAAGACUACUGGAACAAGUCACAAAGUCACAAAUGCUGCCCAGGGGAGAAACAUAACGGACAGAAGCACUGCAUGAUUGUUAACAUGAUUGUUUCUUCUUGUAUAAAUACAAAAUGAACGCAUGUAGCAUUUUGAAUCAUCCAGACUGUGUACUGUGCAAAUGGAAUGGUGUAGUGGUUACAGGUCUGGGCUAAUAACCAAAAGCUGUAGGUUCAAACCUUAACAAUGAACAAAUUUCGUCCUUAUUGCUG